AUGGCUGACGAUUCUGCCGAUGCAAUGAAAGCAGCUUUGCUGAAGGCUCAAGAAGACCUUCACCGCACUCAAUCUGAAGCCCAGCAGACCAUCGACGGCCUUAGGAAGGAGCUAGAGUCCGUCAAGAGCAGCAAGACACCUAAGACCCGUGCCCGUGGUGUGAUUCCCAAAGUUCUUAAUCUCGAAGAUUCUGAGGCCAGCGAAGGCGAGGAUGAAGAGGCCAGGUCUGACGAAGAAGCAGAGGAAGCUGAUCCCGCAGCCAAGAAAAUGGCCCUCCUGGAAUCUCAGAACAGGAAGAUACUUCGCAUGCUGACGAAGUUGCCUGGAGCACCAAUAACCCCUGUGGCUGAGGAAUCUCCAGAUGGCUAUGCUCAAUCCCCCUUCGUGGAAGAAAUUGCGAGACAAAGGAUUCCUAAGAAGAUCAAUGUCACCCAGCCGCAUAAGCUGUAUGAUGGAGCUGCGGAUCCCUACGAUCAUGUAGCGCAAUACAAGCAAAAAAUGUGGACUCUAUCCAUUCCUGAGCACCUAAUGGAAGCUACUAUGUGCAAAUCCUUCGGGGCCACCUUAUAUGGGCCUGCCCUGCAGUGGCUGAUCAGCCUAAAACUAGGUAGCAUCCAAAAUUUCGCUGCUUUGAUUAACAAGUUUUAUAUGCAGUUUGCUAGCAGCAGGGUUCUGGAGAAGCAUACAGGCGACCUGUAUCGCAUCACUCAAAAGGCAAAUGAAGCUGUGAGACAAUACCUGGAUCGAUUCAACAAGGAGAUGAUGUCAGUCAAGAACCUGGAUGUUCCCACCGGUAUAGAAGCGUUCAUGAGAACAUAUAAGUCUAGAUUGUAUUAUGAAUUAACCAGGUACCCAUGUAGCACAUUCGAGGAAGUUCGAGCCAGGGCUAUGGCUGAAAUCCGCGUCGAAGAGGACGAGGUGUCCAGGUACGGAAGCGAGCCCAACUACGAUCAGAAGUCCCAGAACCAGAAGAAAAGCGAUUGGAGUCACCAGCCAUACUAA